AGUGCUGCGGUGCAGCCGCUCCAGCUGCCAACGCCGGAGGAGAUCAAGGGGCAGGAGAUGAUGAACAACUGCGCCGUCCGGAGCGUCCUCAGUGGAGUCAUGGGUGGUGGUCUUGGUGUACUUAUGGGACUGUUUUUUGGAGCUUUGGAAAAUCCGAUAAUGUCAGAGGAGAUGACAGCAAGGCAACAAAUAGUCUACCAGGCAAAACAGAUGGGUAGGAAAAGUAUGAGCCAUGCUAAGACCUUUGCAGUGAUGGGCUUGAUUUUCUCUGCAGCUGAAUGCGUCGUAGAGAAGGCUCGGGCAAAGCAUGACAUUACCAAUUCGGCAGUAGCUGGCUGUGUCACAGGAGGGGCUUUAGCCGCAAAAGGUGGCCCUCAAGCUACAUGUAUCGGGUGCGUGGGUUUUGGUGCCUUCUCUGUGGCGAUUGAGAAGUUCAUGGAACGGCAUACUUGAAUCGGCGAUGGAAACGCUGCAUCCUAUAAAUCAAGUGGUGCGUCUUUGUAGCAAAUCAUUAGCAGGAUUCAGCAUUGGCCGAAGAAGUUUUGGUUAUCUUGCAAUAUUCAGUCGUUGGCAUGUACCCAGAGGUGGGGUAGCCUAAAUUUUUGAAGUCUUGCGGCUAUUCAUAGCACUGAGUAGCUAAAUUAGUCUGUAGCCAGUUUGAUGCCAUGUACCCAGAGAUGGGGUAUAUACGCAUUUUCGCUGAUGCGAUCUCGCGCCAUGUUAUCUGUGCUGAUGUUUGAAUGAUUUCAGAGAAGUCUAUUUUACUUUUCA